AUAUUGGAAGCGGCCAAUACCAGCCCCUCUACCAGCAAGGUCCAAACCAGGAUCAGCAGGCCGCGAACUACGGGGCAACCAACGCUUGAGCGAUGAUGAGCCCUUGCUACUCGCCUUAGUAUACCAGAAGGAAGGGCGUUCGGACUUCCGCUUUGUUUAUGUCUCUUACUAUGUAUAACACUGCAGUUGUUGGGAACUUUGGACGUUCUUUGUUUAUCGCCCAUCGUUGAAAAGGGAAACCGAUGGAAUCUACUUCAAGUUAAGCGCACCGGCGCCAUAGCCAAAAGAUUCACGUUUUUCUC